AUGGCAUACUUACCAAGCAGCACCCCUCAAGAUGGCCGCCACAUGCAAACCAUGUGCGCGACCUGCCAGCAUAAUGGAGCCGAGACCAUCCAGCGCCACCUGACCUACUCCAGGGCAGUACCGGCUGACUACACCGAGACUGGCAGUAGUGGAAAUGGAGAGAGCGGCAACAAAGCGGGGAAGCAAGCAACCUCUCCCACCUGCACAAGACAGCCCACAGAUGAAGAGAGAGGCAGUCAGACCCAGAUGCCACAGCCGAGCUGCACGACCUGCACUCAGCCUUCAUCACCGGAUCACCACCGGUCAGGUCCAAGCAGAACAGACAGCACACUGCAACCUGCCAACAACAUGGACUGGGGCUAUACAAGCUCUUUAGCCUAUUUCAACAAGCGGUAUCUCUUGAACACUCACUCUUAUACCUGCUUCAUGUCACAUAUCUAUGAGUAA